UUCCGUGUCACUUGUUGCUAAUGCCGAGCCGGACUGGAGCAGACAGUCACCGCUUGUCAACUGCCCCAAACACAGCGGUCUUAGCGGCGCACGGGCCUGGCUUGGACGGGUCGCGUUGGCUGCUCUGCGGUAGACAACACCCGGGAAGCGAGGAGCCGAAUAGUCACGCCAACCAGCAGGCAUUCGGUGUGUGGCUGUGUACGGAUGAAGCCCUGACAGGCUGCUGGAUCGCACCGUGUGUCCUGGGCUGACAGCUGACCUGCGGAAGAAUGGGCCUCCCCGGACUGCUGGGCCUCCUGGUGUUACUGCUGUGGCCACAGAUACGCGCAGAGGAAGGUAUUCUACACGCAACUGAUGCCGAGAAUUCUUCCACGGAAAAGGAUUAUUGUAUAACCUAUAAUUCCAACUGGACAGCGUUACCGUCUACUUUUGUAAAUGCAACCUAUUACAAGUUGGAAAACCUGACUUCGAGCACCCUAUGCAGUGCCUCGGAAAUCCCUAGAGUGGAUCUUAAGGACAAAGCAGUCGUGGUGAUGGCUGGUAAAUGUUCCAUUUUGAUCAAGGGGGUCAUUGCCCAGAGCAACGGCGCUAAACUACUUCUCGUCGCCAGCAAAGAUGGUUUGCUCCUCCCACAAGACAACAGGACCGGUUUUAAUGAUUUGACAAUCCCACUUGCCUAUGUGAGAUAUAAAGAUGUAGUCGGCAUGAGCCAGGUGUUUGGGAGCAGUAUCAGUGUGACGCUGUAUUCUCCCCCAUUUCCGCCAUUCGAUUACAGCAUACUGGUUAUCUUUCUCAUCUCCGUAUUCACUGUUGCACUAGGAGGCUACUGGAGCGGCUUAUCAGAAUUAGAAGAUCUGAGACCCUCGCCUAGUUCUGAUGAAAUGCAGCAAAGAAAACCAAAGGAUGAGAAUGUGACCUUCACCCCUCUCACCGUCAUCCUAUUCUUUGUCAUCUGCUGCGUCAUGUUACUAUUGCUGUACUUCUUCUAUAAGUGGUUAGUCUAUGUCAUCAUAGGUGUCUUUUGCUUGGCGUCCGCAAUGAGUUUAUUCAACUGCCUCUCUGCACUGAUCCGGAACGUCCCUUAUGGAAGAUGCAGAAUUUCCUGCUUCCAUAAAAGUGCCGAAGUGAGACUCCUCGUUCUGGCUGCGUUUUGUAUAGCUGUGUCUGUGACUUGGGCAGUAUUCCGCAAUGAAGAUAGGUGGAGCUGGAUAUUACAAGAUAUCUUAGGAAUUGCCUUUUGCCUAAAUUUUAUUAAAACGCUCCGGAUGCCAAAUUUCAAGGCAUGCGUGAUACUGCUGGGCCUUCUACUUUUGUACGAUGUGUUUUUUGUCUUUAUAACGCCAUUCCUCACAAAGAAUGGAGAGAGCAUUAUGGUGGAAGUGGCAGCUGGCCCAUCAGGGAAUACUGAGAAGAAUGGUGAGAGCUUGGUGGAGGUGCCCGCCGAAUCCAAUGUCACCCAUGAGAAAUUACCUGUGGUGAUUAGGGUUCCUAGACUGGAGUACUCUGCAAUGACAUUAUGUGGGAUGUCAUUCUCCUUGCUAGGGUUUGGGGAUAUUAUUGUGCCUGGUUUAUUGGCAGCGUAUUGCAGAAGAUUUGAUGUCCGAACCUCUUCUUCCAGCGUCUAUUUUAUUUCCUGCACUAUAGCUUACGCCGUGGGCAUGGUUAUCACAUUCAUCGUCCUGAUGGUGAUGAAGACAGGGCAGCCGGCUCUGUUGUAUCUUGUGCCAUGUACUCUUAUCACCAGCUCUGCCAUCGCCUGGAUGAGGAAGGAAAUGAAAAAGUUUUGGAACGGCGGCGCCUAUGAGAUAAUGGAGCAAACAGAUAAUGCUGCAAAUGAAGAGAAUAUAACACGCGGAGAGCAGGAAUUGGAAUGAUAACUGUAAUCAUUCUACUUUUUUAUUUUUAUUUUAUUCAUAUAGUGAUUGCUUCGGGCAGGAUUUUACGAAUGGUAAAUCAUGCUUUCUCUGUUCCUAGGAACUUUCCAAAGCAUUUUGGGACUAUCAGACAUUGAACGGGGUUGUACAAUAACCCGGAAAUAUUUUACUUGAUAUUUUUGUAAAACGCAUCCUUUUUUUAAAAUAGGAUGAAAUCAGACCCCUGGGAAUUGUGCCUUAUGUCAACUAGAACAUGCAAUGCAUACGCAAAUAUACGAAAUAGUAAUGGACUGUAUAUUUUCUACACUGGUGCCAUAACACGUUGAUGACAUUGAUGUCCUCGUUUGGCAGAACUAAACAAAUAUCCCAUCCCAGAUUUAUUUUCUUCUGCGUGCUGAAACUACCUGUCAGUCGUAUGCUCCUCUAUGAGUAAACAUAAAGAUUUCCCGUUAACAUACAAAUCCAAUUCUGCUAAUAAAUGAAUUAAAUAAGGAAUUUGUUUGGAUCCCGGGGCUGUGUUCCUAGGUGACGCGUUUGCAGCUGUUUUUCUUUGUGUCUAGCAACAGUUGUUUGUAACUUUGUCUCUGUUUAAAGGCAGCUCUUGUGGCUAGUGUACAGUGGAACGAGCUUUCAUAGAGCUACCUAGUUGGAGCUUUCUUUUGUUACAUGGGUGAUUUUAAAGAUUAUAAUGGUCACAGUAGACGAUCAAUUUAGUAGAUCUUGUGAGAUUAAAUUAAAUUUGCUUUGUUUCAAUGUAUUCACAAAACUAUGAGGUUGCAGAAGAGUUCAACAUUUGAUUGAUAUUGCAGGCAUCCUUCAUCUGUGGUCUGCUGACCACCAUUGGUCAUUACUAGCUUCCAAGCUGUUCCUUUCAUGAUUCCAGGGGGUAUGCACAGAGAUGUCUUUAAGAAAAUGUGUGUACCCACAAGACCAAUAUGGGCGCAGAUUCUUAGUCUAGUGUCCCAUGCAGCCCCACCAACAAAUAUAUAUUAAGGUACUUGGUAAUUACAUGAAAAUGUGUUCUAUACUACUGGGGGGCAGAGAGAGAUGGUAUGGUUCUCCAUAGCUUAAAAAAGCUACAUCUCCAGAGCUGGAGAGCACAGCCCCUCCAUUGAGUUUUGUUCAGGAAAGCACUCCCAUUGAAAUCGAUGAGCGCUUGUGGGGGUCUCUCAUAAACAUUUGAGUGGUGGGUAUACCAUGCGUGCAAAACGGCUAGGGCUCACCUGCGUAUCUGAGCUGGACCCCAGGUCCAAAACAUUUGAGACCCACAGUUGGUAUAAUUAAGGUGAAUAGGCUACCCUUAGACUGACCUAACCUACAAUUGCACCUCUCAGGUAUAAGGCAGCACCUCUUACUGUGACCAAAAAGCAUCCACUUGGCCUAGGAUUCGUGUCCAACCAAACAAACGUGACAGGUCUGUAUAACCGGGACCUACAGGACACUACUAUGUAACUAAUGGCACAUUUACGGAUUCCCUUCUGUGCUACCAAAUUAUUUUACAUGGUUGAUAAAAAUAGCAAUUGGCAACACUAUUUAGAUUAUUUUUAAUGAGAUCAAUCCCUUUGUUUAGCCGUAUCUCCUCAAUACCUGCAUAUUUACACGGUCCGAACUUUAUGCCACUCCACAUUAGUUCAAACCUAUUUUGCAUAUACAAUCAUUAUAUGGUUCUUUACAGCCUUUUAGUUGUUGCCAGAUAGUAUGUUGUGUUGUGUUUUAGUUCUACAAAGUACGACUUAAAAUGGGAUAUUUGUUAAAAAUUGCAGCAACCCAUUUUCUAGAUCUGACAUUUUUAUAAAUUUUUGCUACAGAUGUUUGAUUCAUAAAUUACAUUUUGUAAUCUGGUUCUUAAGUGUAACAUGUAUGCAGUUCUAGAACUGUAAGCAUCUAACUUCUUAAUACUAACAAGCAAUGUUGAUAAUAGUUCAGUUUUAUAAUAUUUUUGAACUAGAAUAUCUGAUUUAAUAAAUAUAUAAUUUAAGUACA